UUUUUCGAGGCUUUGCUUCUUCUACUGCUGACUGUGUAUUUAUUUUCUGGUGUUUGAAACCUGUCUUUCAAUUCCAGGAGCCAGUCAAAGUCUUCGUACCUAGCCCCGCGACGCGAUAGAGACCGAAUUAUCCCGGAUUCGGAAACUGGCAGCUAUAAGCGAACUAUGUCCCCAAAUGGCCAUGCUCUCACCGCUGAGGACUCGCAGAGGAUCAACAGUAGGGAAACCGUGUGGCCAACAGCCGGGAAAGAAACCAUCAUCAAGAGAGCUUCAGUUGAAAAGAAACUAGACGAUCAGAGGAAUUCCGAUGAGGAUCUGAAGAAACCUAUCGUUCUACCAGACGUCCUCCCCGUUAAUGUAAAACUGCUAGGGCCUAGAUCUCAACAAUACAACAGGCCUACGCACCUGAGUCUCUCUCCGUUGGACUCCGCAGAAAGUAGAUCUCCUAAAACCCCUCCCUCCUCGCCCCCUAAGAGCCCGUCAAGAAAUUCACCCUUCGCAACUUUACGUACAAUCAGCAUCUCGCCGCUGGAUUCGCUUGAAGGCAAAACACGCGUCGGAAACAAGCACGGUAGCUAUUGCGAGGCAUCCUCGCCUGCAUCACCGCCGAAAAGCCCUUCGAGGAGUUCUCCGUUUGCUCCAUUACGCGCGACCCAUCUAUCUACUGCUACAACAAUCACCACGUCAUCAAAUCCCAAGUUUUCUAUUAGCGCUGUUAAUAAAAAAACAUCACAGUCCCCACCCGAUAAGUCACCACCAGGUUCCCCGAAGAGCCAAAGUUCUUCCACGAGCUGCACACCUUCUAGUCCAAGGAAGUCGUCGCCGCCUGUGAUUAAGCCGUCUCUGUCUCCGAACGCUUUAGUGAAGCUGUGUUCGUCAAGAGAGGCUUCAUCCGCGACGAAUACCCCCUUGCGUGCUUUAUCUCCAGCUUCGCCUGAAUCUUUGAAGUGUAAUAAUUCGACUAAGAAGAUCGAAGAUUAUCCAAAGGUUGAAGAGGGUCUGCAGAUGAUCCAAAGGACUGAGGUGGUAUUGAGGGUGAAUACGACAACGACCGAUGCUGCUUCGCAAACGGAAGCCGAGGAAUUGCCUACGCCGGCAGUGAUGCAGCCUUCGCCCACCACGAAGAAGUUCCAGGAGGAGUUAGAAUGCGAAAAGCUGGCGGAAGACUUCAUUGGUCAACUGCCGCAUUCUCAUAGGCUUAAAGAAAUUUUAGGACUGUUUCGAAUCGACGUUACAACGAAAUCCAGGCAGGCCAACUCUCCUUUCCGAAGUAGAAACAAUACACCUUCCAGUAGUCCACCUCCUACGUUAUCUUCAGUACCCCUUUGCACCACCACCAGCACACUCACCGCUACUCGACUAAGUAUAUCUCCGACGAUAUGCUCUAUGUCGAUACCGAGCGUUGUACCGAUUGCAGAAUCAAUCAGUAGUUCCUUGUCUGGAUCAUCAACGUACUUUACGACGUCGGAACCAAAGGCCAAGUUCCUCACCAGGUACAGCCAGGAUAUGAACAAAUGCUACGUCGUCAAGAAUACCAAAGAUCUUAGUCAGAAGAAGGAGGAGCUAGUAAACCGGUUAGAUAAAAAGUUGGAGGUACUGCGUAACGAGCAGCUCGUUGUAACGGACGAGUGCAAGAUCAACGACGAACUGGGAGAAAACGUCGAAUCGCAUAUUAACCGACUGGCCAGACCGCACGAGGUGGCCAAGUUCAGACUGCACGUCGAAGAGGUAGGGAAGAUCACAAGCCUGCUGUUGGGUCUAUCGGGGAGGCUAGCCAGGACGGACAACGCUCUCAUGAACACGGCUGAAGACCAUCCCGAAAGGACGGUACUUGAGGCCAAACGGGACAAACUGUUGGAUCAACUAGAAGAAGCAAAGAAGCUAAAAGAAAGCAUCGAUCGGCGGAGCGUGUGCGUCUCCGACAUCUUAAGUAAAUACUUGAGCUCUGACUUAUACGCGGAUUACGACCAUUUCAUCAACAUGAAAGCGAAACUGAUCAUGGACUGCAAAGAGAUCUCGGACAAGAUCAGGCUGGGUGAAGAACAGCUCGAAGCUGUCAAAGAAACGUUGAUCGUUACAGACUGAGUGUGAUAUACUUUUGAAAUGUUUGAUGUAAGUGCUAUAUUGUCGUUCGAGUUUUAUCGAACGAGCUAGUCCGGUGACAUGUAUAUCGCUUCAUUGAUUUAUUUGUGAAAGAUGGAGAGAAUAUAUCUACAACUACGAGUGGAUUCAAUAGAAUCAUCAUAUUCUUCAGUUGGACGGUAUCUGGAGUCCUUGGAAACAGUGGAUAAAUGAAACAAUGACGUUUCCUUGAGGAACGUUCAAAGGACGAUUUAAACUUUCUUUUUACAGUAGCGUAUAGCAGUUGUCAUCACAAGCUGUCAGCUAUGUCAGAGAGAUUUUUCUUUGUUUUACGUAUUUAUCUAACAUUUUGAUGAUAAACGGUUUAUUGGUGCUUAACGUCAAUAAAAAAUGCAAAAUAAUAACGUGUUUGCAUCCUCGAAUCGCGAAAAGUAAAAAACACAAUAUAGGCAACCGUUGCACGCAAUGCACUACUGGUUGCAGGUGGUCGAUUACGUCUUUCAGAUUCAACUACUACAGUAUUUCACAAAAAACAUUACAUUACAAAAACAGAAGUUUAUGCGAAGGCACUGUAGUGUCUUGUAGAACUUCGUAUUUCACUGCUUUUUCACUUGAAACUUAUAGAGGAUAUAUUUUAAAACAAAAAAGUGUGGAUGAAGCACGCUUUUCAUGAAAUUUUAUUCCCAAAACACUGCUAUUAUCACCAUUAUUUCCACCGCCAUUUGCUAUAUGACGUCUGUGCAUAUGUCAUAUGAGUAUGAGAGGCGCUUGCCUGCGGUGUUGCCAAAUUGGCUCCGCAUUUAGGGAAAAAUAUGAAAAAGGAAAAAUUUAUAUACAUACAUAUAAUAUAUGUAUGUAUAUAAAUUUUUCCCUUAAUUAAUAUUAUUAAUGAAAGAACAUAACGAAAAAGAAACAAAAAACUAAAAUAACACAGUAGUAAAUUAAAAAGGGAUUCCUAAUAAUUAUAGAAAAAAGUGGUGGGGAGCCGCCAGCACUCAAGUGAUUAAGAAUAUAAGGCGCGAUGCACACUGAACGGACGUGAGGCGAGGACGUGGCACAGACUUAUGUCAAUUCAGCGUCUCUCCUAUAUAAUUGAAUUGUCCAAUGCACACAGCGGCAACGUGGCGCUGGCGGUCGCCAUCGCGCCCUUGCCACGUCUUCUUCCAGUCUCUUGUGGCGUACAAGAACAGACACGUCCGUUGCACGACACUUGUUGCUUACUUAAAACUUUUUAAAAAUGCGAGACGAUAUUGAAUUUAACAUUCAAUUUUGCGAGGAAAUUGAAAAAUAUCCAUGCUUGUACGACUACAGUCGUUCAGAUUAUUGUAAUAGGAGUGCUCAGGACCAAGCGUGGCAGAAAAUCGCAAAAAAAUUUAUUACUAAAUUAAUUCAUUCAGUUACUUACCUUAAAGAAAUCAGUAGUUUCUCUUCUGGGCAAAUUGGUUCCCUAAAAUUGGUUGAUCUCUUUUCAAGGCCUUCUUUUACAAGUGCCAAUACAUUAUAAAAACACUCACGGGACAUCCUAUAAAAAUUCUGGAAUCGUUCUGGGUAUGUGUUCAGUUCACGCACAACGUCGAAUGUUCCACACGUUUUCCCCUUCUUUAGCCACAAUGGAUGCAUCCAAAAUCGUCUGGUUUUCUGCAUAUUACCCAAGUAAACCAGAUCCAACAUAUCUUCAUCAUCUUCAUCACUGCUUGAGAAAUCCAUUCGUUUGUGGCCCUUAAACUUCACCUCGAUGUUCCAGCGAAUGUUCGAAAUCUUUCGUUUUCGUCACUACCCCGCUCCUUGUGUGUGCAUUGGCACAUGUCACGUCUCCGCAACGUCUGUGCCAUGUCCUUGCCACGUCCUCGCCACCGUCCACCCAGUGUGAAUUGGGGCUGUGAAUGAGAAAGGGCGGCAAGCCUGUAUCUUGAUAUUUGAUACGCAGCUUUGAAGCAGGAACUGCGAGAGGGUGACUGAUCACUUCUCAUACCUACAUAUGUGUUCAAAAAUAUAUUUUACUACUACUAGCUCGUAAUGCACACUUUUCAAUCUACUACUGUGUUAUUUCAGCUUUUUGUUUCUUUUUCAUUAAUAUAUAUGUUUAUAAAUUUUCCACUUUUCAUUUACAAAAAUAAACUUUUUAGAUAAAAUUAGAUAAUGUCUGAAUAUUUUUGUUACGGUUCGUAUCCGCUGUCACUCAUUAUUACCCGGCCGCAGUUUAUUAAAAUGAGAAAAAAAAAUAUUUGAAUUUGAACGAGUAUUUACGCUGAAUUUGGCAGACGUAAUCGACACCCUGCAACCGGUAGAGCAGUUGGAUGCACAACCGGUUGCCUAUAUUCACUUUCUUCUAUAAUUAGAACAAGCAAAAACAUUAUUUUCGUUUUUUAUUGAUGCCUAGCACAAAAAACAAAUCGCCCUAAUUUUAUCAUCGAAAUGCUAAAUAGAUACGGCCAGCAAAGAAAAUAUUUAUGACUUCGAUGACAGUUCGUGAUGACUGCUACAGCCUACUGAGAAAUGAAAAUUUAAAUCGUUCCUUGAACGUUCCUCAACGAAACGUCAUUGUUUCACUGUUUCCAAUGAGAUAUCUUGUUUCCAAGGAAGCCUCGCGCCUCAAGGCAUUAUCUAAAAAGAUGGUUUACCGAUAUAUUACCACAUCGGAAAAUUUACCAGACGCAGGUAUAUCUAAAUACAUGCUGACGCACCACAGCUUUUGGACCCCAAAUUACGAUUUUAUUUUAUCCACUCUAGUUGCGGAAACGCUUUCUGCCUUCAAAUCUGUUGAAAUGUAGAUUUGUUAUGAAUCUUUAAAAUAAUCCAAUAUUUAGUCGUGUCUACUCGCGAAUAUUAUAUUUAAUUUAGAUUGCAUCCAAUGAAUUAUAAAAUUCAGACUUUCUUCACAAGCAAACCAAAACGUGCCUAACUGAUUUAUGAUGAAGGAACGUAUUCCUGCUUCUGUUGAGAUGUUCAUAAAAGUCGACGUUUUUAAAGAAUCAUUACGAAUUUACGUUUAUCUCAUUGUUGUUUGUGUACAUUAUUUGGCUUAGUAGUAGUCUCGCAAAUACUCGUUAGACGGCCAUCUCGGAUCGGACUAAACCUUAGUUUGCGCGCAGAUGUAACGUUUUAGACAGAUAGCUGCUUUUGAUUUAUAUAUAACUGCCAUAAUAUGCCAUAUCAAUAAUUUCACUGCUCUUUGGACUUUGUUUAGAAGACUCCUUCAAUGACAUAUUGUAGUCACAUCAAGGAGGGUGGUAUGUUGAAGACUGUACUUCUCAGGUUCGGACAUUUGACCUGACCAAUAGGGAAACUAAAAGUGCUAACCACCCUCUCUUCAUGGUAAUCAUGUCAUUGGAUAACAGGUUCUAUCCAAGAUGGCCCUGAUUCUGUGGUGUGAUUUUUCGGAUGUUCACGAUUGCAAUGUUCGAAAAUGUCACAUGUCAUGAACGGCACCUCGCAAAGUAACCGUUUUGCAGGUUAUUAUCGGUCAUGCUCCCGUAUUCGCUGAUUGAUUGAUAUACAGGGUGUUCGAGAAAUAGAGAUAUUUUAGAGGGUGGUUCCUUGUUAAAAAUAUAAGUUUAUAUGAAUUUGGGUCCGGAAAUAAGAUACAGGGUGAUACAUUUUAAACAUUUUUUUUGUUUGCCAAGGCACUUUUUGCAAAAAUCAACAAACUAAUUUUGUCUAGUGAUAUGCAAUAAAACUGUUUCUAUUUUUCUUUUCUCGCAAACGAAGUGAGAUACAAAAAAAAUGCAAGAUGCGGUGAAGUUGUAUUUUUAGAUUCUUAAUCAAAAAACAAAUAUUAAAGUUACAAAAAAGGCAGUGGCGUACAUUUUUUGACAAUAAUAUUUUAUUUAUUUAUAUUUUUUUAAGGCUAAAUUAGCCUCUUAAUACAACAAAUAAUGCAAAACUUUGACAGAAUCGAAUAAAUAUUUUUUAGGAUAUUUAUAAAAAAGAUUUUUUUUUAAUUUAUCACCCUGUAUAUCUUGAAAAUUCUUCAUUUCCGGUUCCCUGUUUAGAAGCUUUUUUUCGUAUUUUUUAACCAGGAAUCACCCUCGAAGGUAGCUCCGUCUAUUUGAAGCGAAAUUUCGUGUAAAUUUUAACAAUCACAUACAGGAUGUUUCAGAAAGACGUGUCAAUACUUCGUGUCCGAGCUGCUACCGAUUUGUGAUAUCCUCUCACUUAAUCCAAACUGCUAGAAUUCGUAAAUAAAAUUGAUCACCCUGUAUCUCGAUAAGGGAAGGGAUGUUGGAUACACUUUUUACCCAAGAAAUUUCUGAAACACCUUGUAUUCCGUAUAAUCGAUACUGAUACAGAAUCAUACUAGUUAGUUGACCUGAGCUUUCUGGAUUUUCUUCGAUGUCCACAUACAAGUGUAGGAUCGACAUAAUUAUUACAUCAUUAAUGAUUCUACUAUGCGAACAUGUAAACUGAUCGAUUGGUACUUUGCGGUCAAUAGCGCGUCUCUUGCUGUUUACCUGAAACAGACAAGAUGGCGUCGCAUUGUUGACAUCGUAGGCUGUUUUUUUUUGUGCAUUUCGUACGUACGAUUUUCUUUGGCCGAUUUCUGGAACAGUGACGUAUAAGGCAACACGCGACAAGCUUUGACAAUAUCUUUACACAGAAACUGAUUUUGGUACUGUUGCGUCUUGUAGAACUUCGGAUUUCACUGUUUUUUCACUUGAAACUUCUCGAUGGUAGUGUGAUAGACUAUGUUAAAUAAAAAAAAGUGUGGAUGAAGCACACUUUUCAUGCAUUUUUUUCCAAAAACACGUAUUCUUAGCAGUUAUUUCGACGAUUAUUUACACCGUCAUCUGCCAUAUGACGACGUUGAAGUCUGUGCGUACGCUUUUUAUAUUGCUAUUGUCGUUUGUUUCAGUUUUUCAUUUUUGUGUUUCAUUGAUUAAUAUAAAUGUAUAUAGAUUUUCCACUUUUCAUAUUUUUCCUUAAAUGCGGAGCCCAAUCCGGCAACACCGCAGGCAAGCGCCUCUCAUACAUGACAUAUGCACAGACGUCAACGUCAUAUGGCAGAUGGCGGUGGAAAUAAUGGUGAAAAUAACUGCAAAAUACAGUGUUUUGGGAAAAAAAUGUUCUCGACAAGCGUGCUUCAUCCAUCGGACUCCCUCUUCAAGUUUCAAGUGAAAAAAACAGCGAAAUUCGAAGUUCUACAAGACGCGACAGUACCCUGAUUUUUUUUGUCGUUCCCCUAUAAACCUUCACAUGAAACUGUUCUAGAAAUACGUCAAAUUGUUUAGUUAGGAGUUAUUUUUAGUUCAAUGGGUGACACAACGGACAAGCUUGGUGAUAACUACGCGACUGUUUUUUUUUCCUGGGAUCAGGUCUUGUGGCAGCCGUUUUCUUUAAUUUAUUUGUACACGAUUAUUUAUUUUUGUAUAUUUGUCUUUUGUGAUAAAGAAAAAUUACUGCGUUGCUGGCAGAAAAAUUCGGCAGAUCUUCAUAGGAGAUACUUCGGACUCGUCAGUAAUAUACGUCCUAAAAGUUUUGCAACAAAAUGUUUAUCAGAUUUCUUUUAUUUAAACACUUACUAGAUAUCAUAGAUUACAACUCAAUACUAUCGAAUUAUGUGGAAUUGCUCUACCAGCCGCAACUUUCUGCGAAUAUCUCAUGAGGUCAUGGACGGAAUUCAGAUUAAUUUAUCUCAAUUUUUCGUAAAUUUGUCGUCUUAAUUGUUCUUCAUCUUGGGCUUCCCAGCCUCCAUGAUAUACCUUCCUAGACAGUAAAGCCUAAAAAUCCUUUAUUCUGCAAUUUCGGAGGAUUAUCGUUUUUGGGAACAAAAGGUAUGUUAUGUUAUCGAAACCAGUUUUGGGUAUCUCUUGAGUAAUAGCAUGAUGUCUGGCCAAAACAUGAUAUCGUGGACAAACUUAAAACCAUGAAAUAAAAUGAAAAUAAAAAUGAUCAGUGAAAUAACCUAACUUCGCAAAAUCAUAAUACAAAUUCAUGACAUCGUGAUUUUAUCAUCGACGGACGUCCAUUGAUUACUUCAGAACAAUUUAUGGUAUGACGUAAUAGUGAUCUUUCGUGAUUUUGACUAUAGACUUGUAGAUACUUUUUCUUAUUUCUAAUUUAUACCUUGAAGCGAAAACUUCAAAAUACUUGAUAUCAUUUUGUGUUUGUUAAAAUUAAAGCCAAUGAAUUUUGUGCCAAAUAUACGUUAUUAUAAUUUAAAAUCAUGUUUCACAUUAUGUUGUUUGAUGCUAUUUAUAAUGUUUCUUUUUUCGGAAGUAGCCUCACCAACUGAUACAGCUGCAUGAGGACGUACAAUAGAAUAAUUACAUUUGCGAAAAGAUGAUGUCCAACAGUUCUUCUACUCCUGAAAUACGUCAUCUUCAAAAAAUAAAUCAUAUCGUAUUGAAUGUCUGUCGGAUUUUUCUCGGGGUUUGGCUGUUACAAGACCGUAAGAAUACGUAUUUAUUUUUCAUAUGCGAUCUUUUGUUAUUAUUACUAAACUUGUCCAGGUCAGAGCCCCGAAAUGCAUCUUCCUACCAAGUAUUUAUGUAACGCUCUAAAUGUGUAGAUCUAAAUUGUUUACCUUGGUUUUAUUUCUUUUUUCUGCUCCUAGAGUUUCGUAUUCGUCUUCGAGAUAUAACUGCAACUAUUGAGAUCCACCGCCGAAUAUUAGUGAGUCAUAGGUUACAAAUGUGACUUGAAAAUGAAUACGAGUUUUAGGAUAAGUGAAAAUAAGCGUGUACAUAUAAUGUAUUCACAUACGAAAGAAAGAAAACGAAUGAUAUGGUGCUCUGGAAAUGAAUUUGUAAUAUUAUAUACUUAUAUGCGUAAGUUAUUACAUUGUGAUUUUUUAUUAGUGUUGAAACCAGUCGUAUUUUUAAAAUAUUUUUAAUCUAUGCCUUAAGAGAUAUUCUACGUUUCUCAGAUAUUUAAAUAGAUCCUUUCUGACCUUAACGCAUCGCUUACAAUAAAUAACCAUUAUGAAAAUUGCAUUUUUCUCCUAACCCAUUUUGUUUCUGGUACAGAUAAACUGCAUAUAUACUAAGUGAACAUAGUAUAUUGACGGCAUUUUUAGGGCACUAAUGACG